GCGCAACUCUUCUCCUCGCACAAAGUACACUACACGAAGCGCUUCUGAACAGUGUAGAACGGGCUUGCGACGACGAGAGCUCUACUCUAGUAAGCAACUAGGAAUUUAAUCCAAAAUAUACGUACGCAAACAACAGGUAUGAAGUACUCACCGCAGCAGCAGCAGCAAAAGGAAAGAAAGUCGGAGAGUGAGGUUGGCUCGGUUGAAUUGACAUCGAGUCAGGAACCUAAUCAACAACGUGGCUCAAUGGCAUCGAUGGAGAAUCCGAAAAACAACGGAUCUUCUUCAUCGAGUUCGCUCGCUAGAAGGACGAUUUGUCGCUCUCCGUCGAGCGGCAUGUUCGCCUGGAUGCGUGUCUUUCGGUUGGCCUCGAUGUUACAUCAGGUUGGUUGCUAGAACCAAGUCGGCUUACGCGACGUCGCAGCAGCAGCAGCAGCAGCAGCAGCCGUAGCAACUGCAGCAACUGCAAUACAACUGCAGCAACAAUCGUCAGCCGAUAUACAAUUUGCCACGAUCUGAAGAUUUGUUCGGAUCGUAUUUAGAGAUAUUUUUAAAAAGCAGAGUUUUAACGAAGAUGUAACGAGAGCGACAGAUAGAUAGAAAAAGAAAGAAAGAAAGAGAGUGUGUGUGUGAGAGAGAGAGAGAGAGAGAGAGA